AUGGCUCUGGUCAUGCAUGCUGCGAAAACCAACAAGAAUGCUUUCAAGACAUUAAUUACUGCAGAAUAUGUUGGUGUUGAAGUUAAGUGGGCUGAAAAAUUCGAAAUGGGCGUUUCAAAUAAAAUUCCUGAGUUUCUUAAGAUGAACCCUAUUGGAAAGGUUCCUGUUCUUGAGACUCCUGAUGGGCCUGUAUUUGAGAGUAAUGCCAUUGCUCGCUAUGUUGCUCGCUUGAAGACUGACACUUCUCUUUUGGGAUCUUCACCAAUUGAAUAUGGACACAUUGAGCAAUGGAUUGAUUUCUCUUCACUUGAAAUCGACACAAAUGUGUUGAAAUGGUUGAUGCCAAGAUUCGGUUAUGCUAACUAUGUUGCUCCGGUAGAGGAGGCUGCAAUUGCUGGAUUAAAGAGAGCUCUUGGUGCCCUAAACACACAUCUUGCCUCACACACAUUCUUGGUUGGACACAGCGUGACACUUGCUGACAUCAUCACAACAUGCAACCUAUACCUUGGAUUCAAAGUCAUGAUGACCAAAACCUUCUCAGCUGAGUUUCCUCAUGUUGAGAGGUAUUUCUGGACCAUGGUUAAUCAACCUAACUUCAGUAAGGUCAUUGGUGAGUUGAAACAAACAGAAGCUGUUCCACCUCUUCCUUCUUCAAAAAAGCCAGUUCAGCCUAAAGAAGCUAAACCAAAGGCUGAGCCUAAAAAAGAAGAAAAGAAAGAAGCUCCAAAAGCUGAAACUAAUGGUGAUGAAGAAGAGGCACCAAAGCCUAAACCAAAGAACCCUCUUGAUUUGUUGCCACCAAGUAAAAUGGUUUUGGAUGACUGGAAAAGGCUUUAUUCCAACACCAAGACCAACUUCCGUGAGGUUGCAAUUAAAGGUUUCUGGGAAAUGUUUGAUCCAGAGGGCUACUCUCUAUGGUUCUGUGAUUACAAAUACAAUGAUGAAAACAUGGUGUCAUUUGUGACAAUGAACAAAGUUGGUGGAUUCCUUCAAAGAAUGGAUUUAGCAAGAAAGUAUGCUUUUGGGAAGAUGCUGAUUAUUGGAAACGAGCCUCCAUUCAAGGUGAAGGGUUUAUGGCUUUUCCGUGGGCCCGAGAUCCCAAAGUUUGUAAUGGACGAGUGUUAUGACAUGGAGCUUUAUGAGUGGACAAAGGUGGAUUUGUCUGAUGAAGCACAAAAGGAGCGUGUGAAUCAAAUGAUUGAAGAUUUUGAGCCUUUUGAAGGGGAAACUCUUUUGGAUGCUAAGUGCUUUAAGUGAGAAAAGAAGAGAUGUUUUUUUGUGGGUAGUAUGUUUGUUUGAAAGUGUUUGUUUUUUGUCGGUUAAAAUGGUGUUAAUUUUAAGUCAGUUUUGAUCUCAAUGUAAUACCCAAGACCAAGACCGGAUGGUUGUUAAUCAUGAGUUUGUUUAUG